CUUUGUGUUUCACCAAACCCAGAGCAAACUGAACAAUUUGGAAAACUCAGGUUAAAGCUUGGCUUCCACAUUGAAAAGCCCCUGUUUGAUGGGAGGCAUAACACAACAGAAAAUUAGAUUUGCAAAUUUACGUCACAUUUCAGUUGGCUGGGACUGCAGAAAAACAAACCUAAAAAUCCAUUCAGCCGGGAUGAAAGAAACGGACAUCAAUUUACCAGGUUUCCUUGGCAAAACGCAGAUGCGAUAAGAAAACUUUCAUUUCGUCCAAAACACUAUGCAUGUCCUGUGCAUUAAACUACAAAACAAAUUGCACUGAGGGGGCCAAGAAAAUCACCAGUGGAAGUGGACUAAGGGAUUGCAGAUACUUUCUAGAUUUAAACAGUUACACACUUUCUCUUCCUGGCUGCCGACACAUGUGCUUAACAGAGACAGUCGAGCCUCUGUGCUGUCAGGGAUACUGGGGACCAGACUGUAAUGAUUGUCCUGGUGGGGCUUCAAGUGUCUGUAACAACAGAGGAACAUGUUCAGAUGGGAUUCAGGGCAAUGGAAGCUGCACUUGCCAGGAACACUUUGGUGGAACAGCCUGUGAGACAUGUUCUGGGAAUAAUUUAUAUGGUGCAGACUGUAAUAAAGUUUGUGACUGUGUUCAUGGUGUCUGUAAGAGUGGCAUCAGUGGGGAUGGUACAUGCUCGUGUUAUUCUGGCUACGAUGGACCAAAGUGUGAUCAGCCCUUAAAGGAAUGUGCAGCCCUGCAAUGCAGAGAGAAUACUCGCUGUGUAAAUUCCAGCACUGGAGCCCUAGAAUGCAGAUGCAUGCCAGACUAUGAAGAGAAGGGGGAUAAGUGUGAACCCAUUAAUCCAUGUUCUCAAAGAAUCUGUCACGAGGCUGCAGAAUGUAUAUACUUAGGGCCAAAUCGACACAGGUGCUCAUGCAACAUUGGGUACAAAGGCGAUGGCGCUGUUUGUUUACCAAUUGACCCCUGCCAAGAAAAUUUUGGAAACUGUCCUACUGAUACUUCUAUUUGCAAAUAUGAUGGGCCAGGAAGGUCCCACUGUGAAUGUAAAGAAGGAUACAUAAACUUUCAGCCUGGAUUAGGUUGCCAACUCAUAGAUGUCUGUACAGUCAAGAAUCCAUGCAGCAAAAAUGCUAAUUGCACUACAAUUGCACCAGGACAAACUGAAUGUGUAUGCAAGAAGGGCUAUAUUGGGGAUGGCACUGUAUGCUAUGGAAAUAUACUGGAGCGCAUGAAGGAGCUCAAUACUUUGCCAGGCCAAUGGCAAGGGAAACUCUCGAUCGCUAUAUCUUUGUUUGAGGUGUAUUCCUGGCCUCUGUCUACUCUGGGACCUUUCACUGUACUGGUGCCCAUAAACAAGGGUAUCCGAGGGAAAAAUGUAAAGAAUCUGAUAACUGAUAAAGAGAACACGCUCUACUUUAUUAAGCUUCAUAUCAUUGCUGGCCAAUGGAGCAGUGAAUUGUUCAACACCACAGAUUUAAUUUAUACAUUGACUGGGAAAUCAGGGGAAAUAACUUCCGGAGAAGUGGAUGAUGAAAUUAAAAUAAGAAUUCAUGGAAGCAAGAAGAAAGGGAAGAUACUGCAGAAAAAUAUAAUUGCAUCCAAUGGGAUCCUACAUAUUAUUGAUAGGGCCAUGGAUUAUGUGGAACCGACACUGGAGAGCAACCCAAAAGAGACAAUCAUGUCAAUUCUACAAGUCAAUGGUAGAUAUAACAGAUUCAAGUUACUUCUAGAGAAAGCAAAUUUGGGACCAGAUUUAGAAAAGGAUGGACCUUUUACUGUGUUUGUUCCCAAUAAUGAAGCCCUGUCUGCAAUGGAAAAUGGUACUCUAGAUUACUUGCUCUCCAGUGAGGGAUCAAGGAAACUCCUGGAGCUUAUGAGAUACCACAUUGUUCAGUCAGCACAGUUGGAUGUUGCAAAUAUUAUCUCAGCCACCCACAUUAUGAGCAUGGCCAACCAACUCAUCCAGUUUAACACAACCAAAAAAGGACAGAUCCUAGUGAAUGGGGAAGAAGUGGAAGAAGCAGAUGUUGCAGCCAAAAAUGGCCGUAUUUACACUCUGGAUGGAGUUCUUAUCCCGCCAUCUAUACUGCCCAUUCUUCCACACAGAUGUGAUGAGUCUAAAUAUGAAACUCAGCUUGGAUCAUGUGUUUCAUGUAGCUCUGUGCUGUUUCUGAGUUCAUGUCCACUGGGAACUGAGCCAUUAAAUAUUUUCACUCAAAAAUGCAAGUACAGGAAUACUAUAAUGGGGAAUGACUAUGAGAGACAUGGAUGCUCUAGGUACUGCAACGUAACAGUGAAGGUUCCCACGUGUUGCAAAGGUUUCUAUGGCCGAGACUGCAGACCAUGUCCUGGUGGUUUUAUUAACCCAUGUUCAAGAAAUGGAGAGUGUAUGGAUGGAUGGAACGGAAAUGGAACAUGUAUUUGUGAUAUAGGAUUUAACGGAGCAGACUGCCGACGAUGUACAGACAACAAUAAAUAUGGACUUCGAUGUGACAAAAAAUGUCUGUGUGUCCAUGGAAGAUGUAAUAACCAUGUAGACAGUGAUGGGAGCUGCCUGCCUUCAUCCUGCGCAAGUGGAUACUCGGGAAAAUUGUGUGACAGGAAGACCAUUCCAUGUGGGCCUUUGGUUACAUUUUGCCAUGCACAUGCUGACUGUGAAUACAGCGAUGGGACACCAAGAUGUGUGUGCAAAUCUGGCUAUGAAGGAGAUGGUACAUACUGCAGAGAAGCAAAUCCUUGUAUAAGUUCUGAUAGAGAGAUAUGCAAUGUUAAUGCUGAUUGCCUUCCAGUAGGCCCAGUUAAUCACAAGUGUGUGUGUCGCGCUGGUUGGACUGGUGAUGGACUGGACUGCUCAGAGAUCAAUAACUGCCUGCUUGAUAAUAAAGGAGGUUGUCAUCCUAAUGCUACAUGUGUAUACAUUGGGCCUGGCCAGAGUGACUGUGAGUGUAACAAAGGUUUUCGAGGUGAUGGCAUUGAUUGUGAACCAGUAAAUGCAUGCUUGGAAAAGGCAGAGAAGUGCCACUUUUUGGCAAGUUGUAAGAAAAUGGCAACAGGUUUCUGGGAGUGUGUUUGUGGAGAAGGAUAUGAAGGAGAUGGUACAAUAUGCUAUGGGACUGCAGGGGAGGUAGUAGCAGCCCUACAAGAAGCCUCUGAAUUUUAUAGAUGGAUCUAUGAUGAAACUAUAAAGAACUUGCUUUCCCAGACUUCAAAUGUCACCGUGCUUGUCCCCUCUCGACAAGCUUUUGAAAUAAUGAGAAAAGAAGACAAAGCUUAUUGGAUGACAAAAGAAAAUGUGCCUCCCUUGCUAAAGUAUCAUAUACUAUCUGGCAUCUACAGCGUUGAUAGUUUAAAGAACCUUUCUUCAUCUGACCUUCUCGCCACCUCUCUGCACAGUAACUUUCUCAAAGUUUCCAAUGAAAAUGGGACUACAAGUAUAAAUGGUGCCAAGUUCAUGGUAGGAGAUAUUGCAGCAAAGAAUGGAUUUGUGCAUAUAAUUGACAAGGUACUGACUCCUAACCAACUUAUGGUUGGAUCCGACCCUGACUUCAUGACCCGGUUAGGCCAGAUGCCAGAUUAUUCAAUCUUUCGAAGUUAUGUUAUUGAAUAUCAGCUGGCAAAAGAGGUGGAAGCUGCAGAUUCCUACACUAUUUUUGCACCUCAUAAUGAUGCCAUCAACAGUUAUAUUAGAAGCAAGAGUCCGGUCACUGUUGAUGAAGACACAGUCAGAUACCAUAUUGUUCUUGGGCAGAAGCUUCUAAAGGACGACCUUCAUAAUGGCAUGCAUCGAGAAACAUUACUGGGAUUUUCAUAUCAGUUGGGCUUCUUUAUUCAUGGUGAACAGCUUUACAUUAAUGAUGCACCAGUAAAUAAUACUAAUAUAUAUACUGACAAAGGAGUCAUUCAUGGAGUGGGAAAGGUCCUGGAGAUCCAGAAGAACAGAUGCGACCUCAAUGACACUUCUCUUGCUUUGAGCAAAUGCGGCGAAUGUCUAACCACACCGGCCUGUCCCCCAGGUACCCAGCCAAUUGCCAGUGAAAAAAAGAGCUGCAUUUUCACAAAGUAUUAUUUUGGAAAGAGAUUUGUUUAUAUCGGAUGCCAAGUACAAUGUGCCAAAACAAUCAUUACUAGAGAGUGUUGCCCUGGCUUCUAUGGCCAGCAGUGCCUCUCAUGCCCAGGCAAAGGAGGAAACCCUUGUUUUGGGAAUGGAGUGUGCAUGGAUAGCAUUAAUGGCACAGGGACAUGCCAGUGCAAAGAUGGCUAUAUUGGUACUGCCUGUGAAACCUGCGUCAAAGGAAAAUAUGGGCCUCGCUGUGAUCAAGAGUGUUACUGCAUCAAUGGAAAAUGCAGUGAAGGGAUCAAUGGUGAUGGUUCUUGUAACUGUGAUGUUGGCUGGAGAGGCGUUAAAUGUGAUACGGCGAUCACAGAAGACAAAUGCAACAAGUCCUGCCACACCAGUGCAAACUGUAUUGUUAAUGCAGAUGGCAUUGCACGUUGCCAGUGUGCAUCUGGCUUUCAGGGAGAUGGCACAGUGUGUUCAGCUGUGAACGCAUGUGCAUCAAACAAUGGUGGCUGCUCAGAUAAUGCCGAAUGUCGAACUACAACACCAGGAAACAGAAUAUGUGUCUGCAAAUGGGGGUACACUGGAGAUGGAAUUGUGUGCAUUGAGGUUGACCCUUGUGCUACUAACAAUGGCGGAUGUCACAAAUUUGCUGAAUGUACAAAGACUGGAGCAAAUCAGUCUGCCUGUAACUGUUUACAGCGGUAUUCUGGGGAUGGUAUAAAGUGUGACCCCAUUAAUCCAUGCUUACAAAAAAAUGGCGGCUGCAGUGCAUUUGCUGUAUGUAACCACACUGGCCCAGCAGAAAGGACUUGUGAAUGUAAAUCCGAUUACAUUGGAGAUGGUAUUGACUGCAAAGGCACAAUCUAUCAGGAACUUCCAAAAAACAGAGAUACCUCCACUUUUUACAACCAGUUACAGUUGAAUCAGAUCAACGACCUCUCGGGACCAGGCCCCUUUACUGUGUUUGUACCCAGUACCAGUGCAUUUAAUGAUGAGUCUAUGAUCAAAGAAUGGACUGCUAAGGGGGUAAUGGAACAGGUGCUGUUAUAUCACAUUGUAAGUUGUGCCCAGCUCACUAAAGAUGAUCUUACAUCAAUAGCAACGGUCACUUCUCUUCAAGGAGAUUCUCUUACUUUUACAUACUCACAGGAUUCUGUGCUGUUAAAUGGUAAUGCCAAGAUCAUUUCCUCAGAUACAAUAAUGACAAAUGGCAUUGUGCACAUCAUUGACAAAGUUCUUGUUCCAAAGAACAUGCAAAAUUUCAAUAAAGAAGCAUCUAAAAUAGUACUAGACAGUCUGACAAAGGUUGCAGAAACACAUGGGUACAGUGCAUUCAGCAAAUUGUUACAGGAUACUGACAUUUUAACACUCAUCAAUGACCCCAUUCACCAGCCAGUCACCAUUUUUUUGCCAACUGACAAUGCACUGAAAAGCCUGCCAAAAGAACAGAAUGAUUUCCUUUAUGAUAGCCAAAACAAAGAAAAGCUUUUGCAGAUUAUUAAGUAUCACGUCAUCAGGGAUGCAAAGAUUUAUACAACUGAUCUGGUACGAAAGGGAUCGAUAAAAACCCUUCAAGGCACAGACCUUAGUGUAAAAUGUGCAGACAAGGAGUCUUAUGGAGAUGUGUUGCUGGAUGACCGUCAAUGCAAGCUUGUUCAGCGGCAGCUUAUGUUUAAUGGAGGAAUUGCUUAUGGCAUUGACUGUUUACUCACUCCUUCAAGUGUUGGUGGGAGGUGUGACAAUAUGGUUACCUUUGAACUUAUGGGGUCCUGUGGCAGGUGUUCAAAUGUACCAAAAUGUCCGUCGGGAAGCAAGCCAAAGCCCGACAAGGUGAAAUGUACAUAUAAUUUGUCCUCAAGAAGAACGUUAGAUGGAUGCCGCUAUGACUGCUCUAUGGUUGUCUGGAUGACUAAGUGCUGCAGUGGUUUCUUUGGCCGAGAUUGCCAAGGCUGCCCUGGUGGACCUGAAACUCCCUGCAAUAACCAUGGAUUAUGUGAUGAUGGGCACUCGGGAACUGGAGAAUGCAGAUGCAAUCCUGGAUUUAAUGGGACUGCUUGUGAACUGUGCUUGCCUGGAAGAUACGGCCCCGAUUGCAAGCCCUGUGAUUGCACUGAGCAUGGACAAUGUGACGGUGGCUCCAGCGGAUCUGGAAAAUGCUCCUGUGAUAGCGGAUGGACAGGGAAACGCUGUGAAACAAAAUUAGUCUUGCCUCCAGUCUGCACUCCGGCUUGUUCCAGUAAUGCUGUGUGCAAGGAAAAAAAUAUGUGUCAGUGUAAAAAGUUCUAUGAAGGGGACGGAAGGACAUGUAAUGUGGUAAAUUUGUGCAAGCAGAACAAUGGUGGUUGUGACAGCAAUGCGAAAUGUUCCCAAAGUGGUGUGAAAGUCACGUGCAGUUGUCUGAAGGGAUACAAGGGAGAUGGAAACGUUUGUGCAGCAAUUGACCCCUGUGCCGAUGGAUUCAACGGAGGCUGCGAUGAGCAUGCCAUCUGUACAAUGACUGGACCAGACAAACGCAAGUGUGAGUGUAAGGAUCAAUAUAUUGGCGAUGGGUUGAGUUGUGAAGUGAAAAAGCUUCCAAUUAAUCGCUGCCUGCAAGACAACGGGCAAUGCCAUGCUGAUGCAUUAUGUAAUGAUCUACACUUCCAAGAUUCCACCGUCGGUGUGUUUCAUUUGCGUUCCUCCAAAGGGGUGUACAAAUACAACUACAGCGAAGCCAUGAAAGCUUGUAAUGAUGAGACUGCAACAAUAGCAACCUACAAUCAGCUGUCAUACGCACAACAGGCGGGAUUCCAUCUCUGUGCAGCUGGUUGGCUGGAUGGCGUUAGAGUCGCAUAUCCUACCACUUAUUCCAACCAGAACUGUGGAUCAGGAUUUGUUGGAAUAGUAGACUAUGGACCCCGUGUCAACCUAAGUGAGACCUGGGAUGUUUUCUGCUACAGAGUUAAAGAUGUGUCAUGUAUUUGCAAACCUGGCUAUGUGGGAGAUGGCUACACUUGUAAUGGAAACCUGCUGCAAGUCUUGACAUCUUUUCCUUCCUUUUCAAAUUUCCUUACGGAAAUUUUGGUGUACUCUAACACUUCAGUGAAAGGGAAAGAAUUUUUCAACUACCUCACUAACUUAUCAGUGCAAGCGACUCUGUUUGCCCCAAGCAAUGAUGGACUUAAUGAAAAUCAGACCCUGUCUGGACGCGAUAUAGAAUAUCAUCUGGCAAAUGUCAGCAUGUUCUUCUUUGAGGACCUGAGCAAUGGAACAACUCUUCAAACCAGAAUAGGCCACAAGUUAUUAAUUUCUUUUGACAAUGACCCAGCCAGCAAAAUAACCACUGAUUCCAUGACUCCAACAAGAUAUGUGGAUGGAAAACCUAUUUUGCAGUGGGACAUUAUCGCUUCCAAUGGAAUCAUUCACACAAUUGCUGAACCUCUAACUGCGCCUCCAGAGCCAUUAGCUCUGCAUGCUGGCCAUGGAGCAGGAAUAUUCUUUGGCAUUGUUCUGAUCGUCGGGCUCCUGGCACUCGCAGUAUACUAUUAUAAGAAGUUCAACAGAAAAGAUUUCCAAUUCCAGUUUCAGCAGUUUAAUGAGUAUGAUGAAAAACCAAUUGUUUCGGAGCUUGACAGGCCCUCAAAUAUUGCUAAUCCGAUGUAUGAAAGUUCCACUGCCACCUCGCUGCCAGAGACCAGCACAGAGCCGAGCUUUCAUCCCUUUUCUGACUCCGAUGAACAACAGCUUGUGAGCUUUGGCAGCCGUUCCAAAUGACAUUAACUGUACAAUAUCUAAACACAACGCGAGAAGCGUGUCAGAUGCCCAGCAGAAGAAUCUGAUGCUUCCUUUCCCAUAAAUGGUGCCAACUACCCAACAUCUGUUGACUCACUUGAAUGAUAAAUAGAUCCACAACAAACACUGACUGUGGAAAAUAGUUGUUUUCUUUCUGUCUUUUUUUUAGGAUUCACAUCUUACAGCAACAGCAGCAAAUAAAGUCUAACUUGCUCAGCUCAGAUUAAAGGAUCACUAAUGGGACAGCGGAAUGUACCGUGAUCUCUAAAAUAAGAGCUCUAAUUUCAGGAUAGCUUAGUAAUAGGGCAUGAUAUACAAGGCAAUGGGAAGAGACUUUGUGCACAUGCUCUAUACAGCUACUCACCACCAUCAAAUAUAUUCCUUCCUAUGAAAUUUGACACCAUACACUUUUGUUUAAUAAUAAGGAGUACUCAUACAAGGUUUCUUUACUGUGAAAAGAAAAUGUAAAUAGUUUUACUGCUUUCUAACUGAGCAGCAAUGUAAAUUUCCUUCAUGUUAUUUUGUAUACUUUGUUCAUGCAUUGGUUUCAUGUUAACACUUAUUCAGUUUCUCAACAGGGUUUAUAAAAGUUUAGAACUGACCUGUCACAACAUUUUGCAUGUGGUUUUCUGUAAAUCUGGAUUCCUUUCUGUUAAUUCCGUAGUUAAAAAUAAAGAUAUUUGUAUAUAAAACUA